GCUGCAUAUACUAGUGUAAGCUUUAAGCUUGAAUGGGCUCUUGCAUCUUACACUCACACUCACACUCACGUCAAAGUAGUCCCAAUUUUAAUUCAGACACGGGUUUCGGCUUCUAUGAAUCAUUCUUGCUGACGAAAUCGGAAAAGCAACCGUGACUGUGCUCGUUCCGACGGAGUACUGUGCACAGUCACUUGUGCCUGUACAAAGCCGUUCAACUUCGUAGCCCAUGCCGCCAUCAAACUGCCAGAGAAACGGUUAUAAAUGAUCACCCACUUCAAAUCAAACAUAACCAUGAACAUAUCUACCAUCCCUGUACCCUCUCCAUCAAGUCUCUGGACAACCGUACGUUCGGUUGGCCCAUUCAAUGUCGCUUGUUCAUUUGCUGCAUUAUGGGCUUUUGUGAAAGUCUUAAGGAUGCUUCGUUGGCGAUUCAAGACGACUCAACUGCCGGGUCCGCCUCGUACCAGCCUCAUAUACGGCGUUUCGCACGACCUCGCCGCAUCUCACGAUAGUGCUGCAAUGUAUGAACGUUGGGCAACGGAAUAUGGGGUCACCUACAUGAUUCCGAGCGUCCUCGGGCAGACUAGAGUCGUGCUGUGUGACCCAAGAGCUAUAGCACAUUUCUACGCCCGGGAGACAUGGACAUAUGUACAGACACCCCUUUCAUUGGCGAUUCUGGAGUCAUCAAUCGGUAAAGGGCUGUUGUGGUCUCAGGGUGAAGCACACAAGAGGCAGCGGAAGGCCCUCACGCCAGCAUUUAGCAAUGCAGCGAUUCGGAAACUUACAUCGGUUUUUUAUGACUCAGCCUACAAGGCUAAAGGAAAAUGGGACUCUGUCAUAGAAUCGAGCAAAGAUGGCGACGCCGUCAUCGAGGUCCAGAACUGGUGCGUAGCUUUUCUGACUUUGCAAGUGGAAUUCCUAAUCGAAACGACUCAAAGGAUGAAUCAUAUAUCUCUGGACACUAUUGGCAUUGCAGGUUUCUCCCAUGAUUUUGGUUCGCUCGAUGGAAAGCACGCCAGCGUGACCGAAGUGUUUGAUACUUUCGGAAGCAACCAACAAGCCUCAGCAGUGAACCAAGUUUUUAUCCUGCUCGCAUCAGCAUUCCCUAUCAUUCUCAACAUUCCCAAUAAGCGGCAGGAUCUGUUCAAGAAACUUGGGGAAACAAUGGGACAAAUAUCUAACGAGUUAUUAAUUCGUAGCCGCCGAGAGAAAGAUCUGAAUAUGAGCGAGAAAGACGAGGAGAAGUCCAUAAUCGGACUGUUGAUUAAAUCCGAAGAUCAGAAUACCGAGCUUCAUAUGUCGCCGGAGGAAGUAUUGGCUCAGAUGAAGGUCUUACUUCUCGCGGGUUAUGAGACGACAUCCAUCAGUCUUACAUGGGCACUGAUUGAGCUAUCGCAACACCCCGACGUCCAAAUCAGGCUCAGAGAAGAAUUGCUUGCGUUUGGCCCUGAUCCGACAUAUGACCAAUUAAAGGCUAACCUCCCAUACUUGGAUGCGGUUGUCCAUGAAAUUCUACGAAUUCAUCCUCCAGUGCCGGAAUUCACUCGUCUGGCAGCGGCAGAUGACGUCAUUCCCUUGAGCGAACCUGUGCGCACGGUGUCCGGGACAAUGACGGACAGUAUAUCUAUAGCGAAGGGUACAUUGAUCACGAUAUCAGCCGCGGCGAUCAAUCGCUCUUCGGCCAUCUGGGGACCUGACGCAAAAGAAUUCAAGCCUGACCGUUGGCUGACUGAAGAAGGCAUUCCUGGAAAGGCCAAGGAAGUCCAAGGUCACAAACAUCUGCUGACAUUCAUCGAUGGCCCGAAGACGUGUCUUGGAAAAGAUUUUGCGAUCAUGGAAUUCAAGACGGUUUUAUCGGUUCUGGUGAAGAGCUUCGUGUUCGAGAUGCGGGAUGGACUGGAUACUCCAGUUGAAAUUGCAAGAGGAAUUUUACCUCGUCCUCGGGUUGUUGGAGAGGAUGGUAUCGGGGUACCUUUGAGAGUUCGCCGGUAUGAAUGAUUCGUCGCGGUGCACCAGAUUUUACUAUAAAUGUUUCUCCAACUUAUUGGAAGCUUAUGUUGUAUUAGGAUCGGAAGGAUUAAUACAGUAAUAUGGACAUUAUAUAGCUUUAUACAUGCUUUGCUAUCCUCUUGCUAGCUAACACUGUUUAAGUGAUAAGCAAUGUACACCUCGGCUUGUCCUCCGAGUCUUCGACAUUCAAA